AUGGUGUUGCGUGAAUUGGAAUAUGACAUUUAUGUGGUGCUUGAAGAACACGAUUCAAAUUUUUCAAAGUUGAAUGAAGAACAGAAGUCAAUCUAUAAUAGGAUUAUACAUUGUGUUACUAACAAGGAACAUGGGUUGUUUCUCAUUUAUGGGUUUGGUGGGAUUGGAAAAAUUUUUUUGUAUAGACUCUUAUCUACCAAAUUGCGUUCUCAAAGAAAAAUUGUUAUUAAUAUUGUUUCAAGUGGAGUUGCUUCAUUAUUGUUACCUGGUGGUAAGACAGCUCAUUCUAUGUUUUGUAUCCCACUUGAAUUGAAUGAAGAUACUAUUUGUAGAAUUCCGAAAGAUAGUCCUAAGGCUGAUUUAAUUCGGCUUGCUGAGCUGAUUAUUUGGGAUGAAGCUCCAAUGACUAACAAGCUGGCAUUUGAAGCUUUAGACAGAAGUUUUCAAGACAUAAUAACGUCGAUUUCGGUGUCUUACAAAGAUCUACCUUUUGGAAGAAAAAUAAUUGUUCUUGGAGAUGAUUUUCGACAGAUUUUGCCUGUUAUUCCUAAAGCUUCUUGUGCUGAGAUAGUUAUGGCAUCAAUCAAUUCUUUGGAAGCACUUUGA